AUGGUAUUCAUGGACACUGAUUGUGGUUUCAAAUGGAUAUUUUCGUGUGUGGAUAUUGUGGUGUUGGUUGGUGAACAUAAAGCAGGUAAUCCGGUCUCAUUUAUUUUUAUUGUGCCGAAUGAUAUUUGCUGGGGUAGAGCUGGUUAUCCAGUCCCAUGUCGGUCCCAGGACGGAGAAGGUGAAGAUGAAGCUGAGGAGAGAAAGGACGGAGAAGGUGAAGAUGAAGCUGAGGAGAGAAAGGACGGAGAAGGUGAAGAUGAAGAAGAGGAAGGCGGGUGGGAUCCUUCGAUUGACGAGAUCGACGGAUCCCAAAUCUGGUUUUCAGAGGAUGAGGCGGAUUACAAUGAGGAGGUUAACGAAGAGAAUGAUGAUGAAGAGACGGUCCUCUUGGAUCAGAAUGAGGAAGGAAGGGGACUAUAA